AUGGCGUUGUCGAUGCCGCUGAACGGGCUGAAGGAGGAGGACAAAGAGCCCAUCAUCGAGCUCUUCGUCAAGGCUGGCAGCGAUGGUGAAAGCAUAGGAAACUGCCCCUUUUCCCAGAGGCUCUUCAUGAUUCUUUGGCUCAAAGGAGUAGUAUUUAGCGUCACAACUGUUGACCUGAAAAGGAAGCCUGUAGACCUGCAGAACUUGGCUCCUGGGACCCAUCCACCAUUUAUAACUUUCAACAAUGAAGUCAAAACGGAUGUAAAUAAGAUUGAAGAAUUUCUUGAAGAAGUCUUAUGCCCUCCCAAGUACUUAAAGCUUUCGCCAAAGCACCCGGAAUCAAAUACUGCUGGAAUGGACAUCUUUGCCAAGUUCUCUGCAUAUAUUAAGAAUUCAAGGCCAGAGGCUAAUGAAGCCUUGGAGCGGGGUCUGCUGAAGACACUGCAGAAACUGGAUGAGUAUCUGAACUCUCCCCUCCCUGACGAAAUCGAUGAGAACAGCAUGGAGGACAUCAAGUGUUCCACACGCAAAUUUCUGGAUGGCAAUGAAAUGACAUUGGCCGAUUGCAACCUGCUGCCCAAGCUGCACAUUGUGAAGGUGGUAGCCAAAAAAUACCGCAACUUUGAUAUUCCAAAAAGAAUGACCGGCAUCUGGAGAUACUUAACCAAUGCUUACAGUAGGGACGAGUUCACCAACACCUGCCCCAGUGACAAGGAGGUGGAAAUAGCGUAUAACGAUGUAGCCAAGAGACUGACCAAGUAA